CUUGAUGAUCAGAGACAUGCUAUUCUGACUUGGGUAUUUGUCAUCUGUGAGUUUGAUAAAUGCGCCUCUAUCAAGUUCUCAUUUUUUUUUAAUACCCCAUUUGGUGUUUGAGCAAUAAAAGGGACGCUCAUGAAAGCAUUUGCUUAAUGAUCUGUUGAACAACUUCAUCACUCACUACUUCUUCUUCUUCUUCUUCUUCUUUGAAAGCUCUUUCAAUGUUACCUCCUAUUCUUUUUGGUGUACUCCUCGCUUGCCUGCCUUUUUCUUGCGGUUCCUUGCAGAACCAAGAAAAGGUACUAGAAACAUCCACUGAUUUACUUCCCAAUUCCUGCAACGAAACAUGUGGGAAACACCAUGUUCCUUUUCCAUUCUACGUGAACUCGUCUUGUGUGUCAAUUUCUCAUGCCUUCAAUCUCUCUUGCUCGAAUUCCUCUUCCCUUCUGCUCAGAAUCGGCUCAGAAAACUACCCAGUCAUUGAAUUCUUCCCUGAUGGUGUACUAGUGGACUUCCCAGGCACAUUAUCGUGUCGUCAGUACAAUGACCUGAACUCGUUUGGUAAAAGUUUUGUGAGGAAUGAACACUUUGGGGUCUCAGUGGAUAAUGUCAUUGGUCUCUAUGACUGUGAAGAUUCUUCUCUGUGCAAAGCAGAUUGUGAAACAGUUGACUUGCCUGGUUGUGAUGGAAACGAUGAUGGUGGAGGUGGCUCACUUGGGUGCUGCUAUCCACUUUCAGACCAUAGUAUAUGGCAUUUAGGAGAAGGGUUUUCAGUGUUUUCUGAGUACGGAUGCAGGGGAUUUUCUAGUUGGGCUGUUCUGAGAGGGUCAAAUUCAGGAAAGCGUGGGGUCAAAUUGGAAUGGGCUAUUCCUAAGAACUCAUCCAGGGAAAUUUGCUCAAGCAAUGCAAAAUUGGUGAAUGCUACAUCUGUUGAAGGUGGAGCAAGGUGUAUGUGUCAAGAUGGGUACGUUGGUGAUGGAUUCGCAAAUGGAACCGGAUGCUUGCAGGCCUGUGUCAAGGAUGGACGUGAAGCAUAUGGCAGUGACUGCUACAUCAGAAGAAAAGAUCAAAGAAAAUUUGUCAUCAUCGCUGGAAUCCUUGGUCCGGUUCUUGUUGUUGCCUCCUUGCUAGCACUAUUUUAUCUACUUAAAAGACCACAAAAACCAGGCACGUUUGACAAUGACCAGGACUAUCACAACACCUCCUUUCAAAAGGCUUGCAGAACUCAAUUGUUCAGCCUCCACGAGCUCGAGGAAGCAACGAAAGGUUUUGCUGAGGAUCAGAAAUUCAUGCACAGCAGCAACAAUGGCACAAUUUUUGCUGGAGUUCUUGGGGAUGGAUCACAUGCAGCUGUCCACAAGUUGCAAUAUGAUACUGAGAAAGACCUUAUUCAAGUCCUGGCACAAAUUGAAGUUCUAUCUGCUAUUUCACACAAGAAUUUGGCCAGCAUUCUCGGAUGCUGCAUAGACUCUGGAUAUCCUUCUCUGGUUGUCUAUGAUUAUCCUGCAAAUGGUACCUUGGAGGACCAUUUACAUCAAAGAAAGGGACAUAAACUUGGUUUGGACUGGAACAAGAGAUUGACCAUUGCUGCAGAAACAGCUAGUGUUCUUGCAUUCCUACAAUAUGAUACUUCUCCUCCCAUAUUCCACCACAACCUCAAACCUGGCUGCAUCUUCCUAGAUGAUGAUUUUUCUGUCCAAAUUGCAGGAUUCAGGCUAGUCAAUACCAAAUUCAACUAUCGCUAUGACAACAACAUUGAAGGCUUGCAUUUCUGCAAGAAUGAUGUUUAUGACAUGGGCGUAUUGCUUCUUGAGAUCAUUUCAGGCUCAAAUAAUCACUUGAACUCACCAACCCAAGCACUUCAAAAAAUUAGGACAGGAAAGCUUGAAGAAAUCCUCGAUCCCCUACUCUACUACCACGAGCAACCUCGUACUUGCCAGGAACAGAUACAGAUAAUAGCAGAUCUUGCUACAAGAUGUAUGCUGUUUGGGGCAGAUGGAAAGCUGGGGAUGAUUGAUGUUGCAAGAGAGUUGACACACAUAACAAAAGAGAGUGUUGGUGUUGAUGGAGGAAACACAAAAGGACCUGUUUUGGAAGAGACAUUCUCAAAUUCUAGCCUUCUUCAGAUGAUAUCAAUGUCUCCUGAUUCUAUGCACGUACCUUGAACUUCUUCAGAUGAUAUCAAUAAUGGUCGGUUUCAGUUUUGUCAGUCCCACAAACAGAAAGGGAAAAAACACUAAAUUGUAUGUGCUUAGUGUGGAUGAGAAAUUCCCAGCCACUGUACAUUGGGGAAUGGAUUGAAUAAUCUGGUUCUAGCAUGUAAUUCACUUGGCUCUAUGAGCAAAGUGUAUAUAUGGUUUAUGUCUCUCUUUACAAAUAGAAUCAGUUAUAUCAUAUUAUGCAUGUAUGAAAAUCACUUUCUAUAUAAAUGAUCAUUAGCAGUCUCUUUUGUGGGUAUAUUAGUUC